AUGGCGAUGCAGGUGGUACAGGCAGUGCAGGCGGUUCAUCUCGAGUCUGACGCCUUCCUAGUUUGUCUCAACCAUGCUCUGAGCACAGAGAAGGAGGAGGUGAUGGGACUCUGCAUAGGGGAGUUGAACGAUGAGACGAGGAGUGACUUCAAAUUUGCAUAUACUGGAAAUGAAAUGCGCACAGUUGCAGAAAAGGUUGACACUGUCAGAAUUGUUCACAUUCAUUCUGUCAUUAUAUUGCGACGUUCUGACAAGAGGAAGGACCGAGUGGAGAUUUCUCCAGAGCAGUUGUCUGCAGCCUCAACAGAGGCAGAGAGGUUGGCUGAAUUAACAGGUCGCCCCAUGAGAGUUGUGGGCUGGUAUCAUUCCCAUCCUCAUAUAACUGUUUGGCCUUCACAUGUUGAUGUUCGAACACAAGCCAUGUAUCAGAUGAUGGAUCAAGGCUUUGUAGGGCUUAUUUUCUCCUGUUUCAUAGAAGAUAAAAACACAAAGACUGGCCGAGUACUCUACACUUGCUUCCAAUCCAUACAGGCUCAAAAGAGUUCAGAGUAUGAAAGAAUUGAAAUACCCAUCCAUAUUGUACCUCAUGUCACCAUUGGAAAAGUAUGCCUUGAGUCAGCAGUAGAGUUGCCCAAAAUCCUGUGUCAGGAGGAACAGGACGCAUACCGGAGGAUCCACAGCCUUACACAUCUGGACUCAGUAACCAAGAUCCAUAAUGGCUCAGUGUUCACCAAGAAUCUGUGCAGUCAGAUGUCAGCAGUCAGUGGGCCUCUGCUACAGUGGCUGGAAGACAGACUGGAGCAAAACCAACAGCAUUUGCAGGAGCUGCAGCAAGAAAAGGAGGAGCUUCUGCAGGAACUUUCUUCUCUAGAAUGAAGAAGAGAAGAAACGAGGAACAAUGAAGUUAGUGUAAAAUGAAUUCAACUAACUCUAUUUUGAAGAACUAAAAGUUGGAUGACUCACUUUGCCUGACUGCAAGACUUACUAUAAAGCUACAAAAAUCAAGAUGGUAUAGUAU